AUGUCAGGCUCCAAGAGCGUGAGCCCCCCGGGCUACGCGGCGCAGACCGCAGCGGCGCCGACGCCCCGGGGAGGCCCCGAGCACCGCUCCGCGUGGGGCGAAGCCGAUUCCCGCGCCAACGGCUAUCCCCACGCUCCCGGGGGUUCGAACCGCGGCUCUGCCAAGAAACCUGGCGGGGCGACCACCCCUCAGCGGCAGCAGCGCCUGGCCAGCCGCUGGCGCAGCGACGACGACGACGACGCUCCGCUGAGCGGCGACGACCCCCUGGCCGGGGGCUUCGGCUUCAGCUUCCGCUCCAAGUCUGCCUGGCAGGAGCGCGGCGGCGAGGACUGCGGUCGAGGCAGCCGGCGGCAGCGGCGGGGCGCGGCCGGCGGGGGCAGCACCCGGGCGCCCCCUGCGGGCGGCGGUGGCGGCGCUGCGGCCGCGGCGGGCGGGACGGAGGUGCGCCCCCGCUCGGUGGAGCUGGGACUGGAGGAGCGGCGGGGCAAGGGCCGCGAGGCCGAGGAGCUGGAGGCCGGCGCUGUCGAGGGCUGCGAGGGGUCCGGGGAUGGCGGCAGCUCAGCGGGCUCGAGCUCCGGGCCCGGCGCGGUGCUGUCGCUGGGCGCCUGCUGCCUGGCCUUGCUGCAGAUAUUCCGCUCCAAGAAGUUCCCGUCGGACAAGCUGGAGCGGCUGUACCAGCGCUACUUCUUCCGCUUGAACCAGAGCAGCCUCACCAUGCUGAUGGCCGUGCUGGUGCUUGUGUGUCUUGUCAUGCUGGCCUUCCACGCGGCGCGGCCUCCGCUCCAGCUGCCUUACCUGGGGGUGCUGGCCGCCGCCGUGGGUGUGAUCCUUGUCAUGGCCGUGCUCUGCAACCGCGCAGCCUUCCACCAGGACCACAUGGGCCUGGCGUGCUACGCGCUCAUCGCUGUGGUGCUGGCUGUCCAGGUCGUGGGCCUGCUGAUGCCACAGCCGCGCAGCGCCUCCGAGGGCAUCUGGUGGACCGUGUUCUUCAUCUACACCAUCUACACGCUGCUGCCCGUGCGCAUGCGGGCCGCGGUGCUCAGCGGGGUGCUCCUGUCUGCGCUCCACCUGGCCAUCGCCCUUCGCACCAAUGCUCAGGACCAGUUCCUGCUCAAGCAGCUUGUUUCCAAUGUCCUCAUUUUCUCCUGCACCAACAUUGUGGGUGUCUGCACCCACUACCCAGCUGAGGUGUCCCAGAGACAGGCCUUCCAGGAGACCCGGGAGUGCAUCCAGGCACGGCUCCACUCGCAGCGGGAGAACCAGCAGCAGGAGCGGCUUUUGCUGUCAGUCCUUCCCCGUCAUGUUGCCAUGGAGAUGAAAGCAGACAUCAAUGCCAAGCAGGAGGAUAUGAUGUUCCACAAGAUUUACAUCCAGAAGCAUGACAACGUGAGCAUCCUGUUUGCUGACAUCGAGGGCUUCACCAGCCUGGCAUCCCAGUGCACUGCCCAGGAACUAGUCAUGACCCUCAACGAGCUCUUCGCCCGCUUUGACAAGCUCGCUGCGGAGAAUCACUGUUUACGCAUUAAGAUCCUGGGGGAUUGUUACUACUGCGUCUCAGGGCUGCCUGAGGCCAGGGCCGACCACGCCCACUGCUGUGUGGAGAUGGGCAUGGACAUGAUCGAGGCCAUCUCGUUGGUCCGGGAGGUGACAGGGGUGAACGUGAACAUGCGUGUGGGAAUUCACAGCGGGCGAGUACACUGCGGUGUCCUUGGUCUCAGGAAGUGGCAGUUCGACGUCUGGUCUAACGACGUCACGCUGGCCAACCACAUGGAGGCCGGGGGCAAGGCGGGACGCAUCCACAUCACCAAGGCCACACUCAACUACCUGAACGGGGACUACGAGGUGGAGCCAGGCUGUGGGGGCGAGCGCAAUGCCUACCUCAAGGAACACAGCAUCGAGACCUUCCUCAUCCUGCGCUGCACCCAGAAGCGGAAAGAAGAGAAGGCUAUGAUCGCCAAGAUGAACCGCCAGAGAACCAACUCCAUCGGGCACAACCCGCCACACUGGGGGGCUGAGCGCCCCUUCUACAACCACCUAGGCGGCAACCAGGUGUCCAAGGAGAUGAAGCGGAUGGGCUUUGAAGACCCCAAAGACAAGAAUGCCCAGGAGAGUGUAAACCCUGAGGAUGAAGUGGACGAGUUCCUGGGCCGGGCGAUUGAUGCCAGGAGCAUUGACCGGCUGCGGUCUGAGCACGUCCGAAAGUUCCUUCUGACCUUCCGGGAGCCAGACUUAGAGAAGAAGUACUCCAAGCAGGUGGAUGACCGCUUCGGUGCCUAUGUGGCCUGUGCCUCACUCGUCUUCCUUUUCAUCUGCUUUGUCCAGAUCACCAUUGUGCCCCACUCCAUGUUCAUGCUGAGUUUCUACCUGACCUGUUUCCUACUGCUGGCCUUGGUGGUGUUUGUGUCCAUGAUCUACUCCUGUGUGAAGCUCUUCCCCAGCCCCCUGCAGAUCCUCUCCAGGAAGAUCGUGCGGUCCAAGAUGAACAGCACGCUGGUCGGGGUGUUCACCAUUACCCUGGUGUUCUUGUCGUCUUUUGUCAACAUGUUCACCUGCAAUGCCGAGGACCUGGUGGGCUGCCUGGCAGAGGAGCACAACAUCAGCGCCGGCCAGGUCAACGCGUGCCAUGUGGCAGAGUCGGCCUUCAACUACAGCCUGGCCGACGAGCGGGGCUUCUGCGGCAGCCUCUGGCCCAACUGCAAUUUCCCCGAGUACUUCACCUACAGUGUGCUGCUCAGCCUGCUGGCCUGCUCCGUGUUCCUGCAGAUCAGCUGCAUCGGGAAGCUGGUGCUCAUGCUGGCCAUCGAGCUCAUCUACGUGCUGGUCAUUGAGGUGCCUGGUGUCACGCUCUUUGACAACGCUGACCUGCUGGUCACCACCAACGCCAUAGACUUCAGCAACAACGGGACCUCCCAGUGCCCUGAGCAUGCGACCAAGGUGGCUCUGAAGGUGGUGACACCCAUCAUCAUCUCGGUCUUCGUGCUGGCCCUGUACCUGCAUGCCCAGCAGGUGGAGUCCACUGCCCGCCUCGACUUCCUCUGGAAACUGCAGGCCACAGAGGAGAAGGAAGAGAUGGAGGAGCUGCAGGCCUACAACCGGCGGCUGCUACACAACAUCCUGCCCAAGGAUGUGGCUGCCCACUUCCUGGCCCGUGAGCGGCGCAAUGAUGAGCUCUACUACCAGUCCUGCGAGUGUGUGGCCGUCAUGUUUGCCUCCAUUGCCAACUUCUCUGAGUUCUAUGUGGAGCUGGAGGCCAACAACGAGGGUGUUGAGUGUCUGCGGCUGCUCAAUGAGAUCAUCGCCGACUUUGAUGAGAUCAUCAGUGAGGAUCGGUUCAGGCAGCUGGAGAAGAUCAAGACCAUCGGCAGCACCUACAUGGCUGCUUCGGGCCUCAACGACUCCACCUACGACAAGGCGGGCAAGACCCACAUCAAAGCCCUGGCUGACUUCGCCAUGAAGCUGAUGGACCAGAUGAAGUACAUCAAUGAGCACUCCUUCAACAACUUCCAGAUGAAGAUUGGGCUCAACAUCGGCCCUGUGGUAGCUGGGGUGAUUGGGGCUCGCAAGCCUCAGUACGACAUCUGGGGCAAUACAGUGAACGUGGCCAGCCGCAUGGACAGCACCGGUGUGCCUGACCGCAUCCAGGUCACCACAGACAUGUACCAGGUGUUGGCUGCCAACACGUACCAGCUGGAGUGCCGGGGCGUGGUCAAAGUGAAGGGCAAAGGCGAGAUGAUGACCUACUUCCUCAACGGAGGUCCCCCCCUCAGUUAGCAACUGCCAGUGGUGGCGCCGAAGCCCAGGCUCCACAAGAAGGGAAAUGGCUUCUUUUGCUCCACAUGGGCAGUCUGGGAGCCUGCACUCGGCCACACCGCUGUGCUGGUGAGAUUUCCACCUGACUCAGAAGCAGCCUCUGCCUUUGCUGGUGGGCAUGGCCUCUGGCCCAGGCCCUGGUGCCAGCGUCCUGCAAGCACCAAGCUGACCAAAGAUGUUUCCCCUGCAGAAGACUCUGCUGGACUCAGCUGAACCUUGUUUUCUGACAGGUGCUGCUGCUGCACAGUGGAGGGGCACUGCUAGAGCCCAGCACACGGCAGCAGGCCCUAGGAGGCCGCAGCCUGGACGGUGGGGGCAGGCUGGACGCUGGCCUGGGGUACCAGGGACCCCGAGGGUCUGCUGCUCCUAGCGAGCCUUUAGGGUUCAGACAGGCCGCGUCCCUGCUCCCUGGUGGUGCUCUGGGGCGGGAGUGCUGGCUGUGGAGGGGCCCCGGCCUUCACCUCCACACACACAGACAGCGCCCUGUGAGGGAGAUGGGACUGAUUGUGAAGGGGAGGCAGGAGGAUGCCAAGCAAGGAGUGGGGGCUCUAGGAAAAAGAAAAUAUUUAUUAAAUAAAACAUGUUUUCUGCGCCCUUCUUUAGCUAGUUGUAUUUGUGUAAGAGACACAAGCAAACCAGGAUGCCACGGGGGAGGGAGGGCGGGGGCCCCAACUUGUCUUUUUUGUAUUUUUUAUUUUGUAUUAUUGAAAGCCUUGGAGAUCUAACAGAUAUACCAAAUUCUAUAUUUUGUAAAUUCUCUAUAUUAGAAAACAGCUGUGCACAGUGGGGCGUGUGUGCGCAUUUGUACUGUACGUCUGUCGGUGUGUGUGCUGGUGUACAUGUGCGUGUGUUCAUGCUGCAGACCUGUUCUCCUGCAGGCUCUGUUUCCCUCAUUUCAGACUUGGCAGAGUUUGGUUUUCCCAGGUACAGCCAGAGCAGGGCUGUGUCCCUUGGGGUUCCACACAUUUGGAUGAAGGAGGAGGACGACACAGAGAUGCAUUACCCCAUCUCUUUCUAACAUACACGCACACACACAUCCCACUUCCCCUGAGUAAAAUGCAAACAGAAUAAAAAGAAAACAGCUUCUUUUCCACCCCAGGCUGCAUUGAUAGCAAGGGUCACAGCCUCACCCUAAGUAGGCAGCAUGGCUUAUUUUGUCUGCCUUUCCUUUUAGUGGGGAGGUGGUAGCCAAAGAUACUGAGGAAAGCAAACCCAUUUUUAUCACUUCUGAGGGAGGCAUUGGGAAAAUGAUGCGCUAUCGCAGAGGUGCAUUUACGCAGGGCCUGUGCCCAGAUCCGUUCACUGUUUCUCAGGAAAGGAUUUUUCUCCCCUCCCACAUGAGUCUGGGGAAGGGGAGGCAGCAGCCCUAGGCCGGCUGCUGAUCCGUGACUUCAGUAUCCACCUGCAUCCCUUCAUCUGUGAACCCAGCUCUGAGAAGCAAAACUGUGGACCCCAAACUGCCAAGCCUGAGUCUGUUCCAUGCUUCUGCUGCUCCACCUUUUGAGUUCUGCCUUGGCUUCUCGCCUCUGCCGUAGAGGCCAGCUUCCUCCACCUUGUUCUUGAGUCCCUGCCUCCAUCUGGCCUGCUGGUGGUGCUGGGUGUUCGUUUUGCUUCCAACCUGAGUAGAGUGCGUGCUGCGUUCAUCCCAUGCCCCCGUUGGUCAAGGCCUGUGGGCCCUCCCCAUCCCAGCAGUGACUGGUGACAGCGUGCAGUGCUGGCUCUGCGUUCCCUCUAAGGGUGUGCACUCUUUUUAUUCCUGCUCUUGCAAAAAUGGAUACAAUUAUGAUUUCCCAUGGAAAUUGAAAAGUCUAUUUAAAUAAUUUAACUAUUAAACACUUUCACUGGUAAUGUA